UCAAGAGGUAUGAACACGGGGAACCAAACAGACAAAAGUACAGAAGUACGGACUCGUUGCAAUGUUGAAAAUUAAGCAGCGGAGGACAAUUGAUGAAUGCUGAUUCGCAACCUUUCCCCCCCCCCCCUCUCGUUUACAUCCAUGUUUGAAGAGGAAUAAGAAGAGAACAUUUAAAAAGGACUAGGUGUUGUGUCCCCAUAAACCACAAUGGCUCAGUAUAACUGUUCCUCUCUGGGUCUACCUGCCACCACUCCUGACCAGCUGGGUUGGAAUUUGUCCUGGGCUCUGGGCAACAUCAGUGCUGAUGACAUGGAGGACAUGUGCCUGAGUCGGAGUCAGUACCUGGAGAAGUUUCUAGGCUUCCGUCGGUCACCCAUGUUCCUGCCUGUCUGCAUUACCUUCCUCAUCAUCUUCAUUGUGGGAUUGUUUGGGAACAUGCUCACCUGCAGCGUCAUCGUGCGCAACAAGGUGAUGCGGACGCCAACCAACUACUACCUGUUCAGUCUGGCCGUGUCCGACUUAUUGGUCCUAGUCCUGGGUAUGCCAUUGGAACUCUAUGAGAUGUGGAGCAGCUACCCAUUCCUGUUCGGUGCUGGCGGCUGCUACUUCAAGACCUUCCUGUUCGAGACUGUCUGCUUUGCGUCCAUCCUCAUUAUAACAGUGCUGAGCGUGGAGCGAUACAUCGCCGUGAUACACCCGCUCAAGGUCAAGCACGUCGCCACUCGUGCCCACGCCAAGCACGUCAUCCUGAUGUUGUGGGCCAUGUCCAUGGCGUGCGCCGUGCCCAACACCAGCCUCCAUGGGGUGGCCGUGCUAGGAACCCGGUUCGGGCGCCAAUUCCCAGAGUCGACCAUCUGCAUGAUGGUGAAGCCCCGGUGGAUAUACAACCUGAUUAUCCAGGUGACCACGCUGGUCUUCUUCCUGCUGCCCAUGCUCAUCAUCACCGGGCUGUACCUUCGCAUUGGCCUGCAGUUGAGGAUGGAGAGGGGCAUGCAGGGGCUGGGGACCGGGCCGAGUUUUGGUUCUGACAGCCACUGGAGUGUCCACAGGCAGCAGCAGACGGCACGCCACCGGCAGGUCACCAAAAUGCUAUGCGUACUGGUGAUCGUCUUCGGCAUCUGCUGGGCUCCCUUCCACAUUGACCGCCUCAUGUGGAGCUUCAUAAACUCCUGGACUGGCCACCACCACCUGGUCUUCGAGUACGUCCACAUCGUCUCCGGGGUCUUCUUCUACCUCAGCUCGGCGGUCAACCCCAUCCUCUACAGCCUCAUGUCCACCCGCUUCCGGGAGAUGUUCCGGCAGGUCACGUGUCGCUACGGCCCAUGUGGUGGUCACGUGCGCCGGCUGACCUCCGGCUGCACCCAACUGACCCUGCGUAGUACUGCCGCAACACAAUGGGACCCCAGAGAGAAUCACCCCAGACAGAGAGGAGCACCACGUGUAUGUAUACUCCCACCACCAGCCUGUAUAUGCCAACACAAGCCCAGAUUAGAUAUGGGUGAGGGGGUGGGGGUACCAAAACGAGGCACAAAAAAUAACCAGGAUUUGGUACCAAAAUGACCAUAUUCGUGACUGAAUGAACGAGUACAGUGAAAGUUUGGAUGGAGCGAAAGCAACCGUGUUGAAGUUUUGGCCUUGACUUUGGAGUAGAAUUCUCACUGGGGAUACCAAAAUGAAACAAGAUUAAUAACAAAUGUAUCACUGAUUGAAUGUGUACAGUGAGAGUGGCUAGAGCGAAAGUUGCCUUUGGCUUUGGAUUUAAAAUAAACUUCCCACAAACAUACUAAUUGUUUUGUGGGAUAUUCAAAUGAUUAUUCUGUGCAGAUGAAAGUGUUCUUCGUUCGGAUAUUAAUAUUCCGGUGGAACACAUCAUUCAUAAAGCUUAUCUAAUAAUUGAACUGUGAAAAAGAAACAAUACCCAGCUUUGUAAAUGAGCUUAUUGAUGUGUAAUCCGUGAAGCUUGAAUAUCUUAUUCUGUUCAAAUGUUUCAGGAGGCACAAUUAUAGGUUGUAGCGGUCUUCUUAACUGUCUUCUUCAAUGUGUUGUACCGUUCGGUGUACUAGCUAUACCAUCAAAAUCCCACUCACUAUGAAUGUAUAGCCCUGGCAAUAUGGAAGUACAGUACAUGGGAGAUGGAAAAGACAACUUUCAUAGAAAUCGAAAAUGUGACAUGCGAUUUACGCAUAACAUCCUUAAAGAAAUGGAAAAGGGGGGGGAAUUUCCAUCGACAGUAAGUAAACACAUGUGCUAAACACAUGUUAUGUGCCUUUGUAGUACUACUCCAAAAUGUAUAGUAUUUAGCUUCAAGUGCUUUCUGGAAACUGCAAUCUUUUUUUCCUGUGUAAACUGAUUUAGAAUUGAACAUGUUUACAACGACAAAAGUUUUCAGCAUCACCUACAUUUUCAUUGCUAAACAAUGUGUAUCAUAUUAUUUGCAUGCUCCCAUAGAGUCUCAAAUGUUUUCAGUAUGAAGAGACAUAGUUGAGAUACCUGUCAUGUUGUCAUGUGGUUUUAGUAAGGGCUUGAUUGUUUACAGAAGAAUAAUUAUAUUGCUUUUAAGAAGCCUAUUGUAAAGCAUGCACAUUAAACAGUGCUUUAGGUGUCACUACAGGCACCCUGGUUCGAAUCCAGGCUGUAUCACAACCGGCUGUGAUUGGGAGUCCCACAGGGCGGCACACAAUUGGCCCAGGUUUGGCCGGAGUAGGCUGCCAUUGUAAAUAAGAAUUUGUUCUUAACUGA